AUGUCCAUUCUCCGACACUCUGCUCGUCGCUUCGUGCGCGCCCUUCAUACGAGCAAUGCUACUGUCAAUGCAGAUGAGAUAGCACAUUUCUCCAGGCUAUCCUCACAAUGGUGGGAUCACCAGGGAGAGUUCAGCUUUCUUCACAAGAUGAACCCAGUCCGCGUCCAAUUCAUUCGUGACAAGCUGCUCGAAAUCGCACGCGAGGAGAACGAUGAUCUCGACAUACAACCGACGCACGUACUUCGUGAUUUAGACGUCCUUGACGUUGGAUGUGGAGGAGGGUUGUUGUCCGAGAGUGUAGCACGGUUAGGUGCACGAACGCACGGUGUCGACGCGUCAGAAUCGAAUAUUUCCAUUGCGAAAGUCCAUGCCUCUGCAGAUCCUAAACUCUCCCCUCCUUCCCCAUUUCUAUCUUACGAACAUACAUCAGCAGAAUCACUCCUUACCUCUCCCAAGCGCUAUGAUGUCGUAUGCUCGAUGGAGGUCCUAGAACACGUUGAUAACCCUGCCUCUUUCCUAUCCACUUGUGCGACGCUAGUCAAGCCAGGCGGACACCUCUUCCUCUCGACAAUCUCACGCACACCCCUCGCCUACGCUCUCACCAUCUUUCUCGCUGAAGACGUUCUCAGAAAAGUAUCCAGCGGCACACAUACAUAUUCAAAAUUCAUCAAACCCAAUGAAUUGAUAGAAUUCUUCCAAAAUUAUCGCGACCCAAAAGUCCGCGGUCUUAUCUACAACCCCCUCCUAGCUCGAUGGCAUCUCGCAGCUCGUGAUGCAUGGGGCGGUACGGAUUGCAACUAUCUAUUCUGGGUCAGGAAGCCAGCGCUCGAGUCGGGCGAUGGGUCAGCUGCCUCAUAG